GGCACUAGUGUAGUAGUCUGCCAUGAUAAUCCACUCCACAGUCUAUCCGUGAAACGUGAAUUCGUCCUCGACGUCGAGCGCUCAUCAGUGUGUACUGUGUAUUCGCAAUUGUUGGUCGCCCGUUUCUCGUCGCUUUGCUACAACGACAACAACAAUAACAACAACUUUCCAUUUUCAACGCACUUUACCGCCGCCGCCGCCCGCUCGCGACGAACAACAGUCUUUUUCAGUUCUAAUCGUGUUACAGACACAGCGAAAAGCUUCAAAAUGGCAAUGAGAGGAUUGACUUUGUUGUUGGUGACUUUUGCUUUUUACAACGGCGCCGUUAUGGGAGCCAAUGAUUGUACGCUUCCGUGGUUAGCCAAGAACAAUCCGUUUAUUGCAACGGUUGAAUCCUCGAUCAUGAACAGAUGCCCUCCCCUGAUUGGCGAUCAGAGCAAGGAAUACUGUUGUUACAAUACUGAAGGAAAGGUUGAAUGUUGUAACCUACAAGAAUUUUUAGUCUUUGGGUUGAUUUGCCUUCUUCCUAUCUUAAUCAUUUUGUUGAUUCUCUCCUCGAUCAUCAGCUGCGUUUGUUGUUUAUGUUGUCCAUGCUGCACCAUCUACAAACGUAGGCAAGGUGGUAGGGUACUUGUUUCACCAGCGACAAUUAAUUACGUGUACGUAGAAACCAUUCCAGCCGGUCCAUUCGAUAAUCAAUCCUUUAUAGCUUCAGCUUCAGCCGAAUCUGCGCCAUUACUGCAUAACGAGUACCCUAAACGCAAUGCAUCUUAUAAUAUGUACAUGUAAAACGCACUAUGUGCUAUAAAAAAAUUACAAAUAACAUUAGCUUAUAAGACAUCACAUUUAUACUUAGUAUAUAUUACGUCAUUUUCAUUAAAAAAAAACUAUAUGUGUAUAAAAUAUAAUGUAUAUCUUAUAUCAAUGACAGUAUUUAUAAAAUGUCAUUGACUAAAGGAAAAAAAUAAGUCCUACUGUAAAAACAACAAAAAUUUCAUUAACGCCUCCUCAUAAAUAAAAAUUAAAGUAGUAUUAUAAAAGUUUUAAUUAUAGAAAAAUAUAUUUAUGUAUAAAUAUUAAAGAUUUAUAUUUUGAAAUAACGCGUAAGAAAAAAGUAUGUACAAUUAGUGUACUAAAUUUUACAAAUAUUAAUUAGUUAAUAAUAUUUCGUUUCAUACUAUUACAGUAUAACUUAAGUUCACGAGAUAAAUUAUUAUUUUUAUUUCUUUAAAAUCUGUCCAUUUCAAAUUUGUUUUAAAAACCGAAAAUCAAAAAAAAAUGUUUCCUAAUCAAAGAUAAAAGUGUAUUUUAUGUUAUAUAUUUUUCUUCUAACGUUGCGCAAACUACAUUUUGUGCCAAAUACAUUCAAACAAUAGUCUAGACGAGUGUCAAUUACAUAAAUUAAUUUGCAUUUUAAAUUAUAUCUGGCCCUUUUCGCUGAGUGUCAUUGAACGUUGCGUACUUAUAAUAUUCCAUGGAAUAUAUGAUAUGGCAUUGCAUGUUCACCGAUACUUGGUUAAAAGGUUCAAUCAUUUUUUAAUUUAUAUUAUUAUUCAAUUAAAUUAUUUAAGUGUAAUACUAUAUUAUUUUAGUAUAAAAGUAUUCUAUUGAGUAACUAAGAGAAGUUAUUAAAUUAUCUUUUAAUAUACAUAAAUACUAUUUAUUUAUAUGCUUCGGCCAUGCUAUAUAAAAAAGCAUUCAUCUUUUUUACUUAUAAUUUUGUUUUUUUAUCUUUUGUUUUUUACUUAUUUUGAUAUGAUGUGUUAAGGAAGUUACAUGUAAACACAAUCAUUAUUUUGUUGUGUUAAAGAUAUUUAUUUAAAAAGAUUGUGUUAAUAUUUUGUUAAGCUUAACUAACUUAACUUAGUUCCGAAUAAAAACAUUAAAAGUUAAACUUAAUAGUUGUAAUUUUUGUUUAGUUUGUAUUAUUAACAUUGAUUGAAGCCGCAAUAUGCAUUUUAUAAUAACUUUUUAAAUAAAUAGUAUAAAAUAGUCAUUAUUUUUUGGGUACAUAUUUAAAAUUCACUCUUAAUGGAAUACUCGUAAUGAAAAACAAGGUUGUCACAUGUUUGGACUAACUUAAUCUGUUAUUAUAUUUUUUACAUGCAAAAAGAAAACCCAAUGGCCAAGCGCAUGUGAUGUAUAAAUAUAUCUGUAGGUAUUAACAGUGUAUACCUAUCAAUAAGUUAUAGUAAAAAAUAUAUAAGUAA